AUGCAAAAGGGAAUCUUUCUGGGGUUGGUCACACAAACUGUUGUCGUUGAUGGGAAAGAAGAAAUCAUGAAGUUGCAGAUUCUUCUGGAGUCAUGGAUCGUUAGCGUUGGCUUAUGUACCAGUACUGUACCGCAUAUCUCAGCUUUUGGCUCACAAGUGGUCCAAGCCCUACUCUGUGCUCAGGUCUUUCAUUUCUGCCCAUCUGAGCAUUGCUCUUGCUCGCACUGCGACCAUGUGCCUCCGUGGCUCUCGUGUCCAGUUUCAUGUUUGUCUAGGCAACGGGACGACUGUGGUGCCCUCCACCUCUACCGCUAG